UUUUGGAGAAGGUUCUUGUUGAAGUUCUCAGUCGCCUAAGCACUAACCCAUACUUUUAUCACCCAUCAUUUUUGGGUCUUGCGUUUAUUAGUUUAGUAGUGCAGGUAAUGGGGUGCAGUGAGGAGGCGAAGCCAGGCUUUGCAAAGACACUACAGUGCGAGUGCUAUCAGCGCUACAGAGAUAAAGAAUGAAUGGAGCUCUCCUUCCUAACACUCCUAUUGCUGUGGAUUUUUGGCAGACCAGGCGAUGCAGCCACAUACGUCUCUUUUUUCUAUCCCAUAUGCACAGUGACCACACCAUGGGGUUGUCUUCAACAUGGAAUCGUCCCCUGUACUGUUCACCAGUAACAGCAAAGGUUCUAAAAUAUAAGCUGCAGGUUAGUAAUACAUGGAUCAACCCUUUGGAGAUUGGGGAACCCCAUAUGCUACCUUUGGACAACAAAGGAUUAGAGACUCUUACUGUCACUUUAAUUGAUGCCAACCACUGCCCGGGCUCAGUAAUGUUUCUGUUUGAAGGUUAUUUUGGUACAAUAUUAUACACAGGUGAUUUUCGUUAUAGCCCUUAUAUGUUUUGUUAUCCACCUCUGAGCAAUAAGACGAAAAUAGACGUGUUAUAUUUGGACAAUACAAACUGUGACCCAGAGCAAAAGCUGCCGUCCCGCCUUGAAGCAACCAAUAUGAUUAAAGAAAUAAUUGAAAAACAUCCAGAUCAUGAUAUAAUGAUUGGUGUUUACAAUAUUGGUAAAGAGUCCCUCUUAGUGGACUUAGCCAAAACCUUCAAAACUUGGGUUGUUGUAAGCCCACAAAGACUAGAAUUGCUUCAUAUACUGGAAAUGGAAAACGUGUUUACCAUAGAGGAAGGAGCUGGCAGAAUUCACCUUGUUGAUCAGUCAGAAGUUAACUAUAUCAACAUGGUACGUUGGAACAGAGUCUGCCCCACACUGGCAAUUCUCCCCACCAGCCGUAAAGUGAAACUCUGGCAUAAAGAUGUACAUGUAGUUCCAUACUCAGAUCAUUCAUCCUUUGAAGAACUUCAGGAAUUUGUCUCCAGGCUGAAACCUUCUUCAGUUGUUCCAGUGGUGAAAGCUAAAGCAUGUGAAACUUACUUCAAGCAGUACCUUUGCAUUAGUAAGAAUGAAAAGCAUUGUACAAAAAUACCUGAAUCUGUCAAAGACUGUAUGAAUAGGCAAAAUUCUCUGACUCGCUGUGAUGCAAUACAUUCAUGCAAUGCUCCCAAGCGUAAACAUCUUCCUAAAGGUGUUGUGUUUGAGUCUCCUGAGAAGAGAACCCAUCCAGCAGACUUUAAUGGACAAAAAAGCCCCCUCAGUGCAUCAUAUGGUGAAAGUAUCCUUCUAGGACAUGAUCUUGUUAAUCCUUCCUUAAAAGAACAGCAGGGAAGGAGUUCAGAAUUGCCUUUAACUGAAUCAACCAUGCUGGUACCAGAUAGAGAGAGAUCUCCCUCCCCUUCUAAUCCUUCUGGUGAUAUCACGUCUGAAAUGCCAUCUCUUAUAUAUUGGUCCCCUAAGUAUAAAAGUGAGACUGUCACCUCAGACAAUUCUCUUUCUCCUGAAAGAAGUCUUAUACAUAAUUCAAGUGAGUCUUCAUUGCCUCUUAAGCACACACUGCUGGGCAGGAAAGCUGGUUUAUCUAUAUUACCAGUGAAAAAACAGAGCCGUUUUGGACCCCAGUACUUUCAUAUACAAGUUGAGAGAUACAUUAAGAAACAGCACUUAGACAUAUAAAAAAAGGACAAAGUGGAAUGCACAAAUCAUGUUAAUAUUUGAGCUCAAUUUUUUCUUGAUUUUCUAUUUUCCAAUAAUAAAAGUUAAAGGUUUACAUUGU